UCGUGCGCCGGAGCGACGGACAGCACGCGCGCGCUCCGGGAGCGGGCGGCGGCCAUGGCGGGGCACGCUUGGCGACUGCCGGCGUUGGUGUUGGUGGCUGCCGUAAGCCUGGCUGGCGCCGAGACGGAGGUCGGCGGCAUCUACAGCCAACGGACGCGCUGGGAGCUGUCGCGCUCGCCGUACGUGGCCAGCAGUGACGUGCUGGUGGAGGCGUCGGGUGCUCUGGAGAUCGAGGCGGGCGUAGUGGUGCGCUUCCGGCCCGGCAUCGGGCUGACGGUGCGAGGCGGCCGCCUGCUAGCCAGGGGCAAGGACAGAGAACCGGUCGUCAUGACGACCACGGUGGAUGAGGUGGACGCACUGCCCGGCGCCUCGCUGCGGCUAGUGGACGGCCCGUCGCCCUGGGAGGGCCGGGUUCAGGUCUUCCACAAGGACCACUGGCGGUCCGUUUGCACCAACUCCAGAAA